CUCCUGACCUGCAGAAGUUCCAGCUCACCACCAAGGAGGGCCCUGGUCAAGGAUGUGCAAGGACUCACAGAAACCCUUCGUACCCAGCCAUGGGCCAAAGAUACCAUCAUGCAACAAAGUGAAGUCUCUGCACCCACCCCUGGCCCGGACGUGGAAGCAGGACCGUGAGCAGUCUCUGGCGGCAGCCUAUGUGCCGGUCGUGGUGGACCCUCGGGGGCAGAACCCGGACAGGCUCAGGUUCAAUUUCUACACCUCCCAAUAUUCAAACUCCCUGAACCCCUUCUAUACCUUGCAGAAGCCUACCUGUGGCUACCUGUACCGCCGGGACACUGACCACACCCGCAAGCGCUUUGAUGUGCCUUCUGCCAACCUGAUCUUGUGGCGCUCCUAGGCCCAUGCCAGCCGGAAUCCCCCGACCUGCACCCUCAGUGCUGUGAACCCGGGUCGCAGAGGGGAGGGCUGCUCACUCCAGGAGGAGUGACCUGUACUCGGGCUGAGAGAGCUGUGCCAUGCCCCCUGUUGACAAUGGCAAAGGGAGGUCUCUCUUCUCGGCA